GAUGCAAUGCAGCUUCCUAUUUUUAUUUUUAUUUUUACCCAGUAAGAUGUAACAGAGCUUUGCAAAGUAUUUAUACCUCAAUAUUUUUCACAUCCAGCUACAACCACAAACCUCAAUCUAUUUUUAUUGGGAUUUUAUGUGAUAGACCAACACUAAGUAGCAGAGUUUUUUUAGAGUGAAAGGAAAAUGGUAUAAGGUGCAUACAAUUUGUUUUACUAUCAUCAUCUCAAAAAUGUGACAUGAAUUUGUAUUCAGCCCCCUUUACUCGAAUGCCUUAAGUUAAUCCUAAUUAAGGUUGUGGCGUUUUUGAUUCUGGUAAUUUGGUAAAAAGAUUGGGCCAUCCUAACACACGAUCAUGCUUUGAUCUAAACCAUUUCAUUGUAGCUCAGGCUGGAUGUUCAGCAUCGUUCUGCUGGAAGGUGAACCUCCACUCCAGGCUCAAUUCUUUCACAGCCUCCAUCAUGUUUUCUUCCAGGGUUUCUCUGUAUAUAGCUACAUUUGUCCCUUAAUUCUGACCAGCUCUACUGUCCCUGCCAAAGAAAAGCAUCCCCACAGCAUGGUGCUGCCACCACCAUGUUUCACCUUGAGGGUGAUUUGUUUAGGCAGAUGUCCAGUACUCGUUUUCCAUUAAAAACAUAUUAUUUGCAUGUGGGCCAAAGAAUUACAUUUGGUCUCACCUGACCAGAGCACCUUCUUCCACUUGCUGCCGUGCCCACAUGACAUUAAAUGACAUGACACAAACUGAACUUGUUAUGACUUUCUUUCCACAGGGAUUUUCUGCUUGCCACCAUUCCAUAAAGUAAUACUAAUAGUCAUCCUGUGGAUAGAUACUUCCACCUGAGCUGUUGAUCUCUGCAGUUCCUCCAAAGUAACCCUUUUCCUCACAGUGCAUCAACAUACUUUUCUGAUUUAUAGUUUUCAAAAUUCUGGAAACCAUGUAUUAUUUUUAUUUAGUUUCACACUUAUUCACUGCAGGUGCAUCUCAAUAAAUUAGAUUAUUAAAAAGUUAAUUUAUUUCAGUAACUUAGUUCUCUAAGUAAAAAAUUAUACAGAUUAAUUCCACACAGUAUGAUGUUUUUUAAGUCUUUAUUUCUGUUAAUUGUGAUAAUGUUCCAGUUACAAGACAUGACAUUUAAUUUCUUGGAAUAUUACAUUACACUAACAAAAAUAUGUUUAAUAAUGAAAUAUGGGCUUAAUGAAAAGCAUGUUUAAUACCUGCUUAUAGGUUGUUAUUUUCAUAAGGGGCUUUUAAUCCACAAACAAGCCUCGUCGGAAUGCAUAUUCUAAUUUACUGAGAGGUACCUGUCCAUUGUGUUGGUCUAUCACAUCCAUCGAUCCUUUGUUUCCACGCAGGGUCGCGGGGGAGAUGGUGCCUGUCUCCAGUGGUCAUUGGGCAAGAGGCGGGGUACAACCCAGACAGGGCUGGCGCUCCCCAGGCUUCCUGGUUUCCAGAGCGUCCUCGUACGCCUCCACCAGUAGCUGCAGCAGCAGCAAUGCAUCUCCCAGCAGCAGCUCUCCCAGUCUGGACAGCAGGAGCAGCUCGCCCCUGCCUGGGGAGCCUCAGGGUCUACGGGACGUCCAGACGACUAACUCUCAUUCCAGGACGCUGACGCACACAGACAGAGAGCCCAGCAGUGGGGAACAUCUUCUCCCGGGGUCUCCCAGCGAAGGAGAGAUAGCAGUACCAGAGGUGAACUGCACUCUGUUUCUAUUGGCUGGUUACAUCAAGUAUGGACGCCCGUACGCCUGGAUACGCUCCAAUCACGAGCGACUGGUCAACAUCGGCGGCAUGGAUUCAAUGGUCAAGGACACGCCCAUGAAGCUGAAGUCCAUCACAGACUGGCAGACAAGAGGUAUUCGUGUCUGGGACAUUGUGAGUGAGCUGGUGUGCCUGUGCACCAUUCCCUCUCCUUCCAACCCCUUCGCCCUGGACAUGCGCUACAUCGAAACCCUUCCCCUGCAGGACCGCUUCCUAGUCACAGGAGCUCUCCUCAGCUUUCUGGAGAUGUAUCUGGUGUAUGGGAAUCGGGAUGAGCUGCACUAUGACAAAGUGGUAGAGGAAGUGAAACCCCUGAGGCGUGUACAUUUCCAGUCCCUGCUGGAGCUACAGCGGCAGAGCUCUUCAAGAUAAAAUCCCCUCGGUGCACCAAAUGGGUUUUAUUGUGUAAUGUUUUUUUUAUCCCUAGUUUUUUUUAUAUAGUUUGCAUCUUCCUGUAUCAAGCUAUCCUGAAGUUUUAAAAAGUUAGUUUCAAAACUGCUAAAAUAUUCCAUCAUACAGUUUGUAGGGUUUAAAGAUGUUAAAGAUACAGAGGAAGUGCAGGAAUAACAGGAGUUUUCUGUCAAACAUAGGUCUAAUGCAGCUAGCCUGUCUGCAGGCUAGCUACCCGAGCUGAUAGCCUGACUAACCAGCUAACAGUUGGUUCCAUUUGUGUUACUUUAUGAGCAAACCAGUUUUGCACAAUAAGCAGCUAGAACUGAAUUCAAUGGGAGUUUAUUCUGUACUUUUACUUACUUUUGUUUAAAUAAAUGAUCUAUAAAAUGUUUGAAAAUUA